AUGGAAGGCAGAUACGACCUAUUCAGGUUAUGGGAAAGUCAACAGAAUCAAGAGGGUAACGCUGCCUGGACACAUCCAGCAUUCGCAGAUGCUGCACGAGCUGCCGACCUGACGUGCACCCGCUACAUGGAACAUGCUGCUCGCUGGCGGGCGCAGCAAACACAACACGAUUCGCAACCGCAGUCACACUCGCAACCGCAACCGCAACCGCAACCACAACUGCAGCCGCAGCAGCAGCAGCAGACCCAUCCGCCACGACCGCAGCCGCAGUCGCAGUCGCAACAGCAACCACGGCAGUUUCCAUGGCCGCAGGAUCCACCAUAUCAGCAUCCGCAGCAGCGUCCACAGCAGCAUCCUCAUCAGAAAUCACAACAGCAGAAUCCCGGUAGACCGAUACCAUACUCUCCACGGGAUUUGAAUGACGCUUAUCUUCGAGGUCGCUAUGAGGACCGUUCAACGCCAGCUAGCCAGGCACCUAGUGAACAGUAUGUGAAGCCGCCUGAUAUUGGGCCACCGACUUCAUAUCAUCGGUGGUGCCAAGGCUCUAUCUCCGCGAAUCCGCCCUCGCAAUCACCGCAGCAGCCAGUUGCUACCUCACAGCCCUCGCAGACGGCAGUAAGACAGGAAAGGAACGCACAAAGUCCUGCUUUAUCCCAGCCUCAGCCCAAGCAUCAGCCAAUGCGACAAUUUUCCCCACCGAAUCCGAGGAAUUCAACUCCAAUCUCUGUCAGCCAAGAGCGAAGCUUGACCCCUUUGCAACCUACCCACAUCACCAGAAUUACGCCAAGUUCGAAUGGACUUCUAGCGCAGCGUCAGAAAACACGGCAAGACGAACCUGAGCGGUCCAGAACCCCCAGUGAUCAAUCGCAACCAAGAAAUCAGCCUUCGUCAAUACAAGAUCGUCGAGAGUCGUACCUUGGCACCGACGUGUAUCCCGCAAACUCCCCAAAGGGAGAUCCAUACACGUCUGCAGCUCGAACUACACUUAGUCCGAAUUCGUCAAAUCGGCCUCAUCCCAGUGCCCCAAAGUCAUCUUCGGUCGCUAAUCAGCCUGCACCUCAGAGCACCCUGGACACGACUUCGGCUUCGACUACUAAAAGUCUUGUCAAAAGCGCAUCCACCCCCGCCGUAUCGUCUUCGCCUAUCUUCCGGCCUUAUAUCCCCGGAGAGAAGCGCGGGAGUCAUUCCAGUACUUCUUCGUCCACGGCACAGGCUACGGCUCCAGAGAGGCGGCGGAGUACAACGGAAGUCCAGGCUGACUCUGCCAAAAUUGCACAGUCUCGCCCUUCAACUUCAGCUCUACUGGACACCGCAGUCGUUAAAGGACCACCAGCAGAAACUUCUCAACCCGUUCAACCGGAUCACUCUACUACAAAGGGUCCUCGAGUCAUAGAUACCUCUCCGGCUCCCUCUCUGCCCAGUGCAACUCAAGAGAAGCCCCAGCAAUCGCAAUUGUCUUCCUUGAACCGGCCUUGUAGUCCACUACGUCGAGCCACUCCAGUCCCCCAAAAAGCUCUGCUAUCCUCUCGGAUUCAAGGUAAAGAUCGUUCCAAGCCUGGCCCACAAGCAGACAGAACAUCAGGUCCGACACCUGUCAUGCCCACGCAUUCAUCUACUCCUAUGGAUUUGGAUGAAAGUUCACCUGUCAAUACCCAGCCGGUCCCACGAGCGGAAUCCCUCAGUGCUAUCCCUUCUACCCAGCCACCUGCAGGGCCCUCAAGUCCUUUGCCAGCCCCUUCAUCAGCUCCCUUGAGUAGCGUUUCUCCUCGACAGCAUGGGCAUCCGCCGAAACACUUGAAUAAAUCACCACACCUUCGUAACAUCAUAAACUCAUCUCACCCGCCUCCGGCGAGCAAUGGCUCAAUGGGUCCUCCAGCCCAGCAGAUCCAGCCACCAGCUGGCCCAAGUUCCGGCGAGCAACUUCCUGCACCGAAAAGGCAGGAACUGAAUGAUGGCUCUCAGGAUGCAGACGGUCAGCCGAAGCCAGUGAAGAGACAUCGUCAUCGUUACCAGUCAUGGCAAACCCAGCUUCGACAGCGGCCAGAGUUGACCCAGCCGUUGAAUCCCAAUGAUGCAGAGGUCAAGCUUACUUACGAUCCAACCACAAUCGCACGAGACGUCUUGAUUGCAGCUGCAAAACACCCUAGUGAAGAGCCGCUCAACUAUCACCUCAGUACCCUCCAGAAAAAUAUGUGGUCUAUGGAUAUGGGGGCGGAUCUCACCACAAUUCGCUGGGAUCUCAUCGACCCUAUAGUUCCACGUGACCCCUCUCACCGCCCACCGUCGCGUCCACCUGUGCCCGCUCCCGCACCCGCACCCGCGCCCGCGCCCAUGCAGCCAAUCAACACGAGCAGGCCAUCAACUUUGAACCCUCCGCAAGCUUUGGAUCCUCGAGCUCAUAUUCAUUCUUUUGCUUUUAAACCACCUUCUUAUCACACCGUCCCCCAACUCCCGCCUGCUGUCUCGCCGUAUUGGCCGCCGUCGCAACCAGCGGUUCGUUAUCCCAUACCUGCGCCCAGGCCUACCCCAUCGAAUCCCGUGACUCCAGCAACGAUUCAAAUUACCAAACCGCCCUCAUCUUCAAAGCCAACCGUCAUUCCUCCAGCUACUAACGCAAAGGACAUUCCUUCGACUGCUAAACCAAAGGUCAUUCCCCCGUCUCCCAAGGCAAAGGUGCCGUCCCAGUCUCCGCGAACUCGAAACUUCGCCCAGCCGCAAGUGGUUAUCCAAUCCCCACAAAAAAUGCCCCCCAUCAAGCGGCGACCCGGACGACCCAGAUUGGCAGACAAAGUUGAAAAAAUGGACAAGGUCGAAAUCUCUAUUCCCAGCUCAAGCACGGAGCCAACUCAAGACUUCCCAAUCUUUCCUUGCGGAUGGGAGGGUUGUCAUGGAGAGCUUCACAACCUGAGUCUACUUCAGAGCCAUGUCCUGAAAAUCCAUGUUCCACACAACCUGGUAUGUGGCUGGAAGGGAUGUGACGAUGGUACACCCAGGGCAGCUGCCGCUAUGUGGGAGCAUGUGCGAGACAAGCAUAUCAUGACCUUUGCUUGGACCCUAGGCGAUGGUCCUACGGUGCCUGCACCUGGUGAGCGCCUUGAUUUGAAUGCAUCCAUACUUUGA